GCACAAUCGUUUAAUGCCACAAAUUUCACGUGAGCCACUUGGGUUCCUUGGAAACCAAGAACAUUGCCGGGUCCGAACAGGCAUCAAGUUCUAGGAGCCUAUAACUUGCGAUUCCUAUAGUCCUAGAAGAGGAGGGAACAGGGGGAAAGAAGAAGAGGGGAAGGGAAGCCAAGCUCCAUUGCAGUGCUGCUCGUCCCUGCCAACCCAAGCAACCGAACCGAGAGAGGAGGAUAGACGUGGGAGCGAGGAUGGCGACGGCGACCUGCAACGCGUGCAACGUGAGGUUCGUCGACGACGACCAGAAGCGGCUCCACUACCGCUCCGACUGGCACCGCUUCAACCUCAAGCGCAAGGUGGCCGGAGUUCCUGGCGUGACCGAGGCUCUGUUCUCGGCUUUGCAAGCUGCGUUAGGGGAGGGGGGCGAGCUCACGGGCGCUCCGAUCCUGUACGGCUGCGCUCUGUGCGGCAAGGAGUACAGGAACUCGAGAGCUCAUGCCCAGCAUCUCAGCUCGCGAUCGCAUCUGAUGAGAGCCUCCGACGAGGGCCCCGAUUCCUCCAUUGCCGGAGUCACAGUCGUCAAGCUCAAGCCACCUGCCGAGCGCAGAGGCCCGGCUGCGGUGGAAGGGAAGGAGGAGAGGAUCGAAGAGUUGGCCGAUGAAUCUACUUCAGACACACGAGUGGAUGAGGAUUUUUCGACCAAAUGUGGUGAAGAACCUGAAGAGCUGGACCCCUUGCUCUGUUUCAUGUGUGACCUCAAGCAUGACACUGUAGAAGACUGCAUGGUCCAUAUGCACAGGAAGCAUGGGUUCUUCGUACCUGACAGUGAAUACCUGAAGGAUCCCCAUGGUCUUCUUACUUAUGUUGGACUGAAGGUGAAGCGGGAUUUUAUCUGCCUCUACUGCAAUGACAGGCGCCAGCCCUUUCAGAGCCUGGAGGCUGUCAGGAAACACAUGGAUGCAAAGGGUCAUUGCAAAUUACGGUAUGGAGAUGGCGGAGACGAUGAAGAUGCCGAACUGGAGGAUUUCUACGAUUACAGCAGAAGUUAUGCCGAUGUCGAAGGUAAGCAGCUGAUUGCUGCUGGUGAUGGUAACAACGACAUCGAGCUCGGAAUUGGCGGGUCUGAGCUAGUAAUCACAAGCAAGAGUGGUAAAGGAACUCGUGUGAGAACUCUUGGUUCGCGAGAAUUUACCCGCUACUACCGCCAGAAACCACGGCCUUCUGCGGUGACAAAAUGCGCCCUUGCACUCUCGCUGGCAUCCUGCAGCUACAAGAGCAUGGAUCUGGUGACAGUUCAGUCUAGGGAUGAAAGUUUCUGAGCAAUUUCGGUUUUAAAAAAAGGCUGUGAGCACUGAACAUGAAUGAGGCCGACGAACCAGAAUCACCAGAGUCGAUUUGUGCAUCAGUUUACUGUUUACUCGAACCAUCCCUGCUGCAAACUUGUAGUAUUCAGAAGGUGUCGCCCUAGAGUGCACGAUGCAGCAGCCAUCAGUGUCAUGUGCUCAUUCCCUCUCGCAUCGAACGUAGGAGAACUUGUCUCUCUCUUUUGGAAGCUCAUCAGCAGAUGUGACGCGGGGGAAGAAGGAGCAAGGGGCUUCCAUUUGGUGCCACAUUCUCUUCCAGUCUUCCUCCCUGCACGCGUCAUCCACACUGACCUGUUUGUCGCGUCACCAUUGUCAAAGAGAGAGGCCACGGCCCACGGUACUUAGUACACGUUUUUCCCAUUUAUGAAUGACGGAUUUCUCACGCCUUGACGACUAGGGUGAAAACACAACCUUGGAAAUUUCAACGCCCAAGACAAUAACCAUUUAAGACUAAAACCACUGUUUCCACACAAAAUUCUAACAAACAAAUCCAUCAUAAAGCUACCAUUUAAAUGUAAGAAUUUCAUGCAAAUAAUUCAAAAUUUGUUAAGGUUAUGAAAAAAAUUUAGCACUCGAAGAAAUGGGGUCAUCAUAGUUUAGAGAGAGAGAGAGAGACAGAGACCA